CGCGCUCCCAUAAUAUAUUUACAUUGAUUCUGAUUUUUUUUUUCUGACCGAACACGGAAACAAAACACGAAGUUUAAGAGUUUCGUUUGAGGUUAAAGGCUCCAGAUUUCGAAAGAGUAUUUUUUUUUUUUUGGUUCAAGAAUCAUUUCUAGAUCAACAAUCAUUGGUGUUGAAGUUUAAAGAUGUCGGAUCAUUUGAGUUUAUGUACCGAUCGUCUGAUAACGGCCGAGAGCUUGGAAUCAGAAAAGGAUUCUGGAGAAAGUUCCAGGCCUCAAGGCAAAGAUGUGGCUUCUUCUUCGUCUGCGGAUGAAGCUGAAGAUGCUAGGAAGUACUAUGCUGUUGUUGCAGAAGAGGAGCCGCUUCUGCAAUCUGUUGAGUGCCGUAUUUGCCAGGAGGAAGAUAUCACUAAGAACUUGGAGACUCCUUGUGCUUGCAAUGGCAGUUUGAAGUAUGCUCACCGCAAGUGUGUUCAGCGUUGGUGUAAUGAGAAAGGCGACAUAAUCUGCGAAAUAUGCCACCAGCCUUAUCAAUCUGGAUAUACAGCACCUCCACCUCCUCCUCCUGAUGAAACUAUAAUUCACAUUGGUGACGACUGGGAGAAUGGAGUUCACUUGGACUUGAGCGACCCGCGCAUUCUAGCAAUGGCUGCGGCGGAACGCCAUUUCUUGGAAGCUGACUAUGACGAGUACUCUGAGUCUAACUCUAGCGGUGCUGCCUUCUGUCGCUCUGCUGCUCUCAUCCUGAUGGCACUUUUACUGUUACGUGAUGCACUAAACCUCACAACUAACCCAGAUGACGAGGACGAUCCCACUGCCUUCUUCUCUCUUUUCCUUCUUCGUGCUGCUGGUUUUCUCCUCCCAUGUUACAUCAUGGCAUGGGCCAUCGGUAUUCUCCAGCGCCGGAGGCAAAGACAGGAAGCAGCUGCGCUAGCUGCGGCGGAAGUUGCCUUCAUGAUACACGGUGGUGUGCCACAACGCAGGGGACUACACUUUGCUGUAGCACCAGAGCAGCCGCCGCCAAUAUCCAACCCAACACCAGUCUGAUCUCUCCCAGCAACGAUUCUCCGGUAAGACUAUUAAUACCAAAAAAGCCUGAACUUGGUUGUCAAAACUUCCACCUACUUAUGCUUCUUCUUCAAAUGUUUUAUCAUUUUACUCAGUAUGUUUGUGUUCUCUGAAUCUGUUAAAUUGUUACUUCUCUUCUACCAAAUGUUGUCAAAGCUCUCAAGGCAUCUUAUGUACAGUCUUAUUAUUGUUAUUAUUAUGAUUAUUUUUUCUGCAA